AACAACACAAUCAGUUCUUCAAUCAAUUGUAUAUAUUUUGUAGGACGGACAGAAUGUUGGUGGAUGAGAUGAGUUUUUACAGAUGGAAAGAAGGUAAACAGGGAGAUGGUGAGGCUGAUGUGUUCUUCUCUUCAGAGAAGCCAAGAGAGAGCUGGCGAGUAAAACACAAACCUUACACAGACAACAGCAGGAGUUGAGGCAGAAAACUGAGAAUCUGAAGGAGAUGUGCAAAUGCGCCAAAAGACUCAGCAAACAAGUGGAUAUUCAAGCAUUGAAGAUGGAGAAGAGGAAGAAGCUGGAGGAGAAACUCCAAGAGCAGCAGCUGAAGAGGACGCAGUUUGAGACGAAUAAAGCUGAAAGUGACCUUGAAAAGAAGCGUGAGCUGCUGAAGGACCAGUUGCAGCAGCAGGCUGAAGUUCAUGAAGCAAAGAAGAAAUAUCUGCAUUAUCGACAUGAGGAGCUUCAGCAGCUGCAGCUGGACUGGCAGCAGAGGACGGACAUGAUGCUGCAUGAGGUGGAGCACCAACUCAACGAAGUGAACUGCAAACGGGCCAUCACACUGGACAAGCUGGCGGAGCUAAAGAGGACGUUCAGGGAGAUGGAAGAGGUGGUGCUGGAAGACAGGAAGGAGCAGGAGAAGCUGCGCCGCCAGCAGGAAGAGAACAUGGCUGCCACCAAGAUCCAGGCAUGGUGGAGAGGUGUCAUGUCCCGCAGAGGCUUGGGCAAAAAGGCAGACAAAAAGAAGGGCAAGAAAAAGGGAGAAGGGAAGAAGAAGAAGAAAUAGACACACUCCUUGAUAUGUGAAGAUCAGACGUGUGAAUUCCACU